CUCCCCCUCCUUUUCCCCCACAACCAAACGACCCCUUAGUUUUAUUUUUAAGCCUGAUCGUCACUCUAGGCCUCGUAAUCUCUCCCUCUCUUCAGUUGACACUGUAAUCAGAGAGUUACCAUCGCCAAAUGCAGAGCACAUCCCUUAAUUCCCCAAUUAUCUAAAAGGUUCUUUUUCUUCGUCAAGGGACCUUCACUUUCCGAUAUGAGCAAAGAUAAAGAGAGGCCGCCGGAACCCCUUGAUUUCUUCAUUUGGACGGUUGAGGUCUUGUACUCUGCUGAUGAUGUUGGCAUGUGGUUGGAAGAGAUACAUCUCGGUGGAUAUCGCCAGAUUUUCAAGGAAAAUGGGGUCAAUGGAGAGUAUUUGGAAGGGAUGUCGAUGUUCACGACCGAGCAGAUCCUGCGGUUUAUAAGGAAGUGCCACAUGAAGUGGGGAGAUUUUAUUACCUUGUGCAAGGAGCUGAGGCGAAUAAAAGUGGCUUGUUUGAAAGGGGAGCAAAAAGUUCGACGACCCUGGUGGGCCCCACCUUGUCUUUUCAUCAAUGCUGCGAAGCACAGCCGGCAGUCUCGAGUUGUGUCCUUGAAGGUGGAACCUUGAUGUGGAUUUUGCUUAUGUGUUAAUCUACUUUGGAUUUGUAGUUCAAUGUGAAGAAAAGAAAUUAGUACUAGUGAAAGAAUACACCUAUAUGGCUAUAUAUAUAUGUAUGUUUGGUAUGGUUUGGUUCGCUUUGAUUUGGUUGUCUUAAUUUUUUGGCAAUUUGUUGCUUCUUUCUUCUUUGGAGAACCUUUCCUUGUCUGUCAAAGCUGUUUCUGGAUAAUAAUUAAAGUUUUCUCCUUUUAUUGUGUUGCUUUCAGUUA